AUGGCGCCUAAACGAUCAGGCGUCUUCUUGCAGAACGCCUGCCUUCAACACCGCUACAUACGGGAUCAGGACCUCUCGAAUGUCGUAGAACGCCCUGAACGACUUCGAGCUGUCAACAUUGGACUGGCCGCAGCGAUAGCUCACCUCGAGGAACUCCUGGAGGACACCGCAACGCCCAAUGGUUCUGCCACAGCUGAAUAUUCCACCGACGAAACCGAUCUCGCUGCUGCUCUGGGAAAGAUGAAGUUGGAAUCGGCGGAUGGUGCGGGCGGGUCGACGUCCUCAAAGAUACCCAUCGUCCAAAGUCAAGCCACAGUCGAUUUGUUGAACAACGCGGCGGUCAAGUUCAUUCAUGGCGAUAUUGACGGCGAUGUCUACCUCGGGACUCUGAAGAAGUGGGCGAAGGAGAGUACGGAUAAGAUCGCACAGGGUGGAUCAGAGAUUCCGGAGGGGUAUUCUCAAGGGGAUUUGUACCGGUCGAUAGCGGCUAUUCAGGGUGCCCUCGGAACGACUUGUGAAGCUGUUGAUGCUGUUAUUGGUGCAUCGAGAGGCGAGGGAAAGCAAGAGGACCAGAUUCACCGGGCGUUUGUUGCUGUUCGACCACCCGGACACCAUUGCGGAGAAGAUACACCUUCCGGGUUCUGCUUUGUUAACAACGUCGCUGUUGCUGCUGCACAUGCCCAUUUGAAGCAUGGGAUUAAUCGGGUUGUCAUAUUCGACAUAGAUCUUCAUCACGGAAAUGGAACUCAGUCAAUUGUAUGGCAAAUCAACGAGGAGACGUAUCGACAGAAGCUCGAGCAAGAAGCGGGAGCGCCCAAUGUGAAGCCGGGAGCUCAGGUCUUCUAUGGAUCUAUCCACGACAUUCUCUCCUAUCCCUGCGAGGACGGCAAACCCGAGCUUGUCCAGGCAGCCUCUGUAUCCCUGCACCACGCCCACGGACAGUUCAUCGAAAAUAUUCAUCUUCAAACUUACACCUCGGAGGAACACUUCUGGUCUGAACUCUACGCCAAACGAUAUAUCCAAGUCAUUCGUAAAGCAGAAGAGUUCCUCGACGCGACUGGUGGUCCAGGCGAUGACGUCAUGGUGUUCAUCAGUUGCGGCAUGGAUGCUUGUGAGCACGAGUACGAGUCGAUGUCGAGGCAUAACCGUAAGGUUCCCACCGGGUAUUACUAUCAGUUUGCUCGGGACACUAGUGUCCUGAGUGAUAAAUAUGCCAAAGGCCGUCUAGUGAGCGUUCUUGAAGGGGGAUAUAGCGAUCGGGCUUUGAUUAGUGGUGCGAUGGCGCAUCUGGCUGGUCUUACCGAUCUCCCGGAAGGGAAGCAGGUCGAUAAGGCUAUCUGGGACCUUGGAAAUCUCGUUGAGCUCGAGAAAGCGACCAAGAAACGGAGAGGUGGAAGGCCUUCGCUGCCUGCCCCAGGAUCUACACGACAGUGGAUUGAACGCACGCUCUCUAUCCUUGCACCCCUUGACACCAGUGCUGCCAGCAUCCUCUCUUCUGCUCGCUCAGCUCCUCCAAUGUCCAUGACUCUUAGAGAUCGGUCGAAGGCCAAGUCUGCGACUUCAACGCCAACCCGGGGCGUGUCCCCAGCUCCAGCUUCCGCCAAGCAGAAGCCGAAAGGAAGGAAGAGUGUUGGGACUCCAUCGACAGAGAAACCUCCAGUGGGGAGUUCAACGUCCAGCUCUGACGAUGAUGGGUCGGGGGCGACGCAGGACAAAGUUAAAGUGAAGAGGGUUAUUUUGAAGCUUUCACAGUCAUAA